AUGGUUAUCGAUCAAAGCGUCCGUAUUGAGGCAAUAAACGACGUGCGCGGGCGGAGACCACUGAAGCAAAUAUGUUCUCAAAAUUCUCGACCUCCCAAUCCUAGUAACCGUCGUCCCCCUCCCCCUCUUAGUAACCGUCGUCCUCCUCCCCCUCCUCCACGACCAUUGGCAUCACCACCACCACCUCCCAUUUUGAAUCCUUCUCUCCCUCCACAAUUCCCGCCCUGUUUACCUUUCCCUCCGAAUAAACCUCCCUCUCCGAACACGCCUCCUCCCCUCCCCCCCUCCUCGUACACCUCCUACCCCUCCACCUACUCCCCCUCCUCGUGCACCUCUUCCCCCUCCCCCUGCUCUUACUCCCCCUCCUCGCGCACCUCUCCCCCUCCCCCUGCUCCUACUCCCCCUCCUCGUACACCUCUUCCACCUCCACCUACUCCCCCUCCUAGCUCACCUCUUCCCCCUCCCCCUGCUCCUACUCCACCUCCUCGUGCACCUUUCCCCCCUCCUCCUGCUCCUACUCCCACUCCUCACGCCCUCUUCCCCCUCCCCCUCGCACCUCUUCCCCCUCCCCCUGCUCCUACUCCCCCUCCUCGUACACCUCCUAACCCUCCGCCUACUCCCCCUCCUAGUGCACCUCUUCCGCCUCCCCCUGCUCCUACUCCCCUUCCUCGUACACCUCCUACCCCUCCACCUACUCCUCCUCCUAGCGCACCUCUUCCCCCUCCCCCUGCUCCUACUCCCCCUCCUCAUACACCUCCUACCCCUCCACCUACUCCCCCUCCUAGCGCACCUCUUCCCCCUCCCCCUGCUCCUACUCCCCCUCCACGUACACCUCCUACCCUCCACCUACUCCUCCCCCUCCCUCUCCACCUCCCCCUCCACCUCCACCUCCACCUCCACCAGUUACCUGCAAUAGAAAUACCCCAAACGUAA